AAACCCAGGCAGCAGCGUUAAUCCUCCACCCGGUGUUACUGGCCCCAUCUUCUGCAAAGUGCCAUGUCAAAACCCUCCUGGCGAUGUGCUAAAGCCUUUCAUUGCCAUUAGUGACCCUGGAUGCAAAGCCAGCCCUAAAGCGAGAUAAGCUGUGGUUUCCAGAACUCUGAAAGCAGCAGUGCCCGACACUUGUGGCGAGGAGCUCCGCGAAGCAGCUGCCUCCAUCGGCAGGAGACGAGGGCUGCCUGCCUGGAACAGAGACUGACUUACAGCUGGAGACUUCGGGAGACGCGGUUCUCACCUGAGAGAUCCAGCACCAUUCCCCCGUUUGAAGGCUGUUAAUGGAGAAGAGGGCGGAUGACAGCCGGGACCGUGGUCAUCACAGGUGGAAUAUUAGCGACUGUCAUUUUGCUUUGUAUCAUCGCUGUCCUCUGCUACUGUAGGCUCCAGUACUACUGCUGCAAGAAGGAUGAGUCCGAGGAGGACGAGGAGGAGCCCGACUUCGCCGUGCACUCCCACAUCCCGCCGCUCCACUGCAACCGCAACGUAGUGCUGACCAACGGCCCGUCCCUCUACGCCUCGUCCCCCUUCGGCAAAAAGCCGGCGUCGAGCCGGCCCAGCUGCCCGGGCUGCGUGCCGUACGAGCCCCCCACCUUCUUCUUGCAGGAGCCCCCCGAAGAGCUGCACAACGGGGGCGACCGGGUGAGCUACAAGACGGUGAGCCAGGAAGAUCUGGAUCUGCCGGUGAGCGUGGCCAACUUGCAGGCGCUCAACCCCAACCGGCUCUCGGCCAUGCGGGAAGCCUUCUCCCGUAGCCGCAGCAUAAGCACCGAUGUGUGAGGUGCUGGCUGCCCGCCCAGCCCGGAGCAUCACAUCACACCUCGCCGGUGCCGCCGGGGGCUUUUAACAGCAGGGAGAACUUUUUGAAAUUCAUGGAAGAGUUUUGAAAAAGAAGAAGAAGAAAAAAAAAAUGAAUGUAUUUCUACGUUCUGUAGG